AUGUCAAGCAAAGUAGGCAGGAUCCUAUUGCACUCUGCAGCAGCAGCUACCAUGCUCUACGGGUAUAAGAGUCUAGAAAGGCUCGGGGGGCACAGUCAGUAUUUGACCAUAGAUGGACUAUUUUGUGCUAUCUUCGUUAUGCUCCUUGGACUACUUGCAGACCUAUUUCCCCCGCAAAAAAGCCAUAGUAAGGCUGCAGCCCAAGAGGCCUCAAGCUUCGUUUUCAGAUUGACGCAACUCAAGCGUCUAGUCUCUGUUGUUGUCGCCACGGUAUAUUGGUUGAUGAUCCUCUUCAUGCCACAUCUCAUGCUCUCAGAUGCGUUGGCUACGGAGCCUACCGCUAUGGGAGAAAAGACUUUAUUCCGGAUACCGCUUGACAUCGAUCUCGCUCUUCACGGGUUCCCGGGCCCCUUCCUCCUUCUGGAUUUCUUCCUUUAUGAAGAGAAGUUCUCUAAGACGACCAUGGAUCAGUACGCGCCGGUUUUAGCGACCCUUGUUUCAGUCUUUCACCAAGCUGAGCUGACCAUCAACAGUCCCAUACCCAUUCCUCACUCUCAGCCCUCUCCCAGGUCGUAUUGCAAUUUACAUAGGGUGCACGGUCUUUGCAGUGGUCAUGGUCAGGUUUGUCAACUGGCUGCAUCGUUAGCGCUCGAGAAUGUGGCUCCGAUUCCGAUCGACCGACGAGAUCCAGAACCUACCAAGCAAAAACUAUGGGGUGGACGUUUCACUGGAAAGACUGAUCCUUUGAUGCAUGCGUUCAAUCAAUCGCUAUCUUAUGAUAAGAGAAUGCACGACGCAGAUAUCAGGGGCUCAAUUGCAUAUGCAAAGUCUUUAUGCCUCUGUGGACUCCUCACAAAAGAGGAGGAAGAAAAGAUCGUCGAAGGCCUAAAGCGCGUUGGUCAAGAAUGGAAGGACGGAUCGUUUGAAGCGAAACCUGAUGAUGAAGAUAUCCAUACGGCAAACGAACGACGUCUCAGUGAACUGAUAGGCCCUCUUGGUGGCAAACUUCAUACCGGUCGUUCUCGCAAUGAUCAAGUAGCGACUGAUAUGAGACUAUGGCUAUUGGAUCAAGUAGGCGAACUUGAGCAUGCUCUCAAAUCGGUGAUUGGAGUUAUUGUCGAACGCGCAGAUCAGGAGAAGCAUAUCCUUAUGCCAGGCUAUACACAUCUCCAGUCUGAUUUACAAAGGCUCCAGCAGCUUAUCCCACGAAUUUCUAUUCUCCCGCUUGGAUCGGGACCUUUAGCCGGUAAUCCGUUCUUAGUAGACCGUGACUUUUUGGCAAAAGAACUGGGUUUCCAGUCUGUGGCGGAGAAUAGCAUGUGGGGUGUCGCAGACCGUGACUUUAUCGCCGAAUUCCUAAUGUGGGGGAGCCUUUGUAUGGUCCAUCUCAGCAAACUGGCUGAGGACUUGAUCAUCUAUUCGACUUCGGAGUUCGGAUUCAUCACACUUAGUGAUGCCUACAGUGUGAUGCCUCAAAAAAAGAACCCCGACUCUCUCGAGUUGUUACGUGGAAAGACUGGUCGCGUGUUUGGUUUGCCUUCAACGUACAAUAAAGAUCUUCAAGAGGACAAGGAGCCUCUCUUCGACGCGGUAGACACAAUUGGAGCAUCACUCCGCAUUGCUGAAGGCGUUUUCUCAAGCUUGAAAGUUAACGCCGACAAGAUGAAGAACGCCUUAACCAUGGACAUGCUUGCCACGGAGCUGGCAGAGUACCUUGUACGAAAGGGGAUGCCGUUCAGGGAAACCCACCAUGUCUCUGGUCGUGCUGUUGCAUUGGCCGAGUCUCUUCAAGUACCCAUCUCCGAGCUGACUUUGGAGCAGUACAAAAAGUUGUGCCCGUUAUUUGAGGAAGACGUUGUUGGAGUGUUCGAUUUUGAAGCAAGCGUUCAGAGAAGGGCCGCGAUCGGAGGGCCAGCCUUGCAGAUGAUUGACCGACAAGUGGCAACACUUAGGGAGGCACUGAGCAAAUGA